GAGAGCAUGAUAAUGUCUAACCAAUUUACAAGCUCCCUACGAAAAACUCUCCCUUUUGGGUCUUGAUAUAAAGAAGAGGAUUCGUAUCUACUAGUGGGCCUGGACCUAAUUCCACGAGCAAUGGGCUUCCGGGCUCAUAAUAGGGAGAGUUAUUCCUAGAGUACCCACUCGCGGCUCUUGCCAUAUAUAACUUUCAACCCCUCUCCUCCACUAGUCUUCGUAUUAGGGUUUCCGCCUCACACCAGCACUAGCCUCCAGAGCCGCCGCAGCUUCAUUCGUCCGAAAAUGGUGAAGGGUCGUCAAGGAGAGCGCGUCAGACUCUACGUCCGUGGCACCGUCCUCGGAUACAAGAGGUCGAAGUCGAACCAGUACCCAAACACGUCCUUGAUUCAGAUCGAGAACGUCAACACCAAGGAGGAGGUGGCCUGGUACGCCGGGAAGCGUCUGGCUUACAUUUACAAGGCUAAGGUAAAGAAGAACGGCAGCCACUACCGUUGCAUUUGGGGAAAGGUCUCUAGGCCUCAUGGUAACACUGGUGUCGUUCGCGCCAAGUUCACCUCCAAUCUUCCACCCAAGUCCAUGGGAUGCAGAGUCAGGGUUUUCAUGUAUCCCAGCAACAUCUCUGGAAAACCAAUGACCGCCGCAGACCCGAGUCCGAUCCCAUGGCCGACGAUCGGGUGGGUUGCGUCGUGGUAUGGCUCCAACAUCGGAGUUCUACUCCUGAACAAAUAUCUUCUCAGCAAUUACGGGUUCAAGUACCCGAUUUUUUUAACGCUGUGUCACAUGACGGCGUGCAGUGUUCUGAGCUACGUGGCCAUAGCGUUGAUGAAGGUGGCUCCUUUGCAGACCUUGAAGUCCAAGGUUCAGCUGGCCAAGAUCGCAGGGUUGAGUGUCGUUUUUUGUUUCUCGGUGGUGUGCGGGAACGUGUCGUUGAGGUACCUUCCGGUGUCGUUUAACCAGGCGGUUGGCGCCACCACGCCGUUUUUUACUGCGGUUUUGGCUUUCUUGAUGAUCAAGAAUAGGGAGGAGUGGGUUACGUACAGCACCCUUAUUCCGGUCGUUGCCGGAGUCAUCAUUGCUAGUGGGGGUGAACCGAGUUUCCAGCUCUUUGGGUUUAUUAUGUGUAUCACUGCUACGGCUGCCAGGGCAUUCAAGUCAGUGCUUCAACAAAUUUUGCUUUCUUCUGAUGGGGAAAAGCUGAACUCCAUGAACUUGCUGUUAUACAUGGCACCAAUAGCUGUAAUUUGUUUGCUUCCUGCAACAAUAUUGAUGGAGAAGAAUGUUGUUUGGGUCACACUAGAACUUGCCAGAAAAGAUAUCAAACUUAUAUGGUACCUCUUGUUCAAUUCCUCUCUUGCUUAUUUUGUGAACUUGACCAAUUUCUUGGUCACCAAACACACAAGCGCUUUGACCCUCCAGGUAUUGGGGAAUGCAAAGGGGGCUGUUGCAGUGGUUGUUUCAAUUAUGAUAUUUAAAAAUCCUGUUUCCUUCAUGGGGAUGUUGGGCUAUGGACUCACUGUUGUUGGAGUCAUUUUGUACAGUGAAGCCAAGAAGAGGUAUAUAUAGAGUUGAACAUUGAAUUGAUGAACCAUAAUUUUUUUCUUUUUUCUGGCACAAAUGCUCGGAGCCAAUGCCCUUCUGCACCCUCCUGACUUGGACCAUUUUUUGGGAAGUAGAUCACAAAUUUUCCCCAGAAACAAUAACCUGCAGAUGUUCAUCAGCAGCAGCAAAUGCAACUCUUACACAAAGCAUUGAACCCCCACUCAUUUUUGGACACUGCAAAGAUUUUAAUCAAAUAUGGAUAUAGUGUAUGCUUAUUAUAUCGAUCAGAUGAAUCAAAGUAUCAAACACAUACAUGAGAAUUUUGUUUGCCCUUUUGUUUAAUCUGAAUGAGUUGUAAGUAUUAAACAGAGCUUGA